AUGCCGCCCCCUGGACAGCGAUUGCUAGAUUUGUUUGAUGAUAUCAAGGCAGUGUUUGAAACUGUUAAUACUGAGGCCUCUGUUUAUCGAAUGCACAAAGAUGAGUUUGAUAUGAAAUUCAAUCAACAAACUGCGGAAAUGCAACAGAUAAGGCAAACUGUUUUGGAUUUGGAAAUGACUCAUAGAAAGAUGAAAGAACGAUAUGAAGAAGAGAUUACCCGUUUAAAAAGAGAACUGGAAAACCGAGGACCUCAGCAACUUCCACCUCAGGCUGGACCAAUUGGUUCGUCUCAACCCCAGCCUAGUCCCCGUCAAAAUUUGACUGGGGGUCCAGGUGCAGACCAACAACCUCAACCACCCAACCUGACAAGAUCCAGCAGUAACAACUUUAAUGGACUAAUGCCUGGUUCGAAUAAUAUGCCACUUCCUCAACAGCAGCCCCCACCUCCACCACAGCAACAGCCUCUUCAACAGCCUCCUCAGCAACAACAACCUCAGCUGACUUCCCAAGGGCCUUUACCUGCCCAGGGGUCUGGUCCUGGAACAUAUCCAGGAUAUCCUUCUAAUGUAUAUCCUAAUCCCAGCAGCACACCGGCUAAUGGACCUCCACCACCCAGCACUUCGUCUCAACUUCCUGGAGUUCCUUCAGCAACAACACCUAGUGCUCAAAAUCCAAUUCUUUCUCCUGGUUCAAAAAAACGUACCGAAAAUGGUACCAAUGGGCCUUCAAGUUCAACUCCAACAGCAACGAGUUCGAACAAUACAGCAAAUACAACAACUUCAGCAAUUACACCAUCUUCUACACCUGCUAUUGCAUCAAAUACGUCUACUAGUAAUUCAGGAUCCAAUGGUUUUGUUGGAACCCAGCUUUCACAAACUUCCGUUCCAACCCCUCAAACACAAAGCCAACUUCAAAAAAAGGCUGAGGAGCUUGGAAAUAUCUUUGGGGAUAUUGAGAGAAUAAGACCUGAGUUUAAAAAACAAAAAGAUGAUUGGACUGUAGUUUAUAAUGACAGGGCUCCUCGAAUUCUUGAUGUCGACUUGGUUCAUAGUCUUGAACAUAAUUCGGUCGUAUGCUGUGUUAGAUUUUCUAGUGACGGCCGUUUUGUCGCUACGGGAUGCAAUAGAAUUGCACAAAUUUUCGAUGUUCAAACUGGUGAACGUGUUGCUCUUUUAGAAGAUAAAAGGGCUGAACGUGAUGGAGAUUUAUAUAUUCGUUCAGUUUGCUUUUCUCCCGAUGGAAAAUACCUGGCAACUGGUGCAGAAGAUAAACUAAUUCGUGUUUGGGAUAUCCACUCUCAAGCUAUUAGAUAUGUAUUUUCUGGUCACGAGCAAGAUAUUUAUUCGUUAGACUUUUCUCGUAAUGGUCGUCACAUUGCUUCUGGUUCUGGAGAUCGUACAGUGAGAAUGUGGGAUAUGGAAACAGGACAAUGUGUUUUGACGUUAAGCAUCACUGACGGUGUCACCACUGUUGCGAUCUCUCCAGAUGGAAAAUACAUUGCCGCGGGAAGUUUGGAUAAAACUGUUAGAGUUUGGGAUACUUCAACUGGAUUUUUAGUUGAACGCCUUGAUGCACCUGAUGGACAUAAAGAUUCUGUUUAUAGCGUUGCCUUUACACCCGAUGGAAAGGAUUUGGUAUCUGGGUCUUUGGACAAAACCAUUAAAUUGUGGGAGCUACAAACUCCAAGGAAUGAACAAUCUACAAACAAAUCCGGAGUCUGUAAGAGAACUUUCAUUGGGCAUAAAGAUUUUGUUUUAUCUGUCGCUUCUACUCCUGAUAGUCGAUGGAUUUUGUCUGGUUCCAAAGAUCGGGGAGUCCAAUUCUGGGAUCCUCAAACAGCUCAGGUUCAGUUAAUGCUGCAGGGACAUAAAAAUAGUGUUAUCAGCGUUGCUCCGAGCCCAAGUGGUACUCUUUUUGCUACUGGAAGUGGUGAUUGUAAGGCCAGAAUUUGGAAAUACGAGGACAUCUCUAGAGUGUAG